GUGGACAUGAGUAAAGUAAACCUGGAAGUUAUCAAACCAUGGAUAACAAAACGAGUAACAGAAAUCCUUGGGUUUGAAGAUGAUGUAGUUAUUGAAUUUAUAUUCAACCAGUUGGAAGUGAAGGCCUGAACCAAAAUGGAAGUUAUUCCUUGCGUCUGAAGUAUAGCACCAUCACCUUAUUAGGUCACAGCAGAGUGAGUGUCCAAUGUCGCUCUGACCCAACUCCCUUGAUGAUGCAGUGUGUGUUUGGAGAAUUCUACCUUGUGUUUUGACAGAACAGUUGACAUUUCAACUGAUAAAGAUAAAUGAUAUAACAUUAAACUCAAGGUGGUUGAGUUGCAGUAGGGAGUCGGAAGCAAGCCAAGGGAACAUCUUUCUCUACAGGGGACUUGGCGAUUCCAAAACCCCCAAGGUUCCAAGAAGAAACUGAAGACACCAGGAAUCUGUACUUGCUUUGUGCUGUUGAGCUGUGCUUGUUAUAUGGACCUUGUUGCUUGACCAACGAUACUAGGAUUUAAGAGCCCACUCAAACUUUGAGCCACUCUUGACCUCUUAACCCUUUGUGGAAGUUGCAUAAUUAUCUUGGGGGGGGAAAAAACCAGUAUGGCAGCUAUGUUAGCAUAUGUUAGUUAGCUCAGGCUCAUGGUAGUUUUUUGUUGAAAGUAAGACUAUGCAUGCAUAAAUCUUGUUGACCUUUCACAGCAGGACUUAAGGUAUUUAAUGCCAUCUUCACUGUUAGACAACUGUACUGCUUCUGUCCCUUGUACAGAUCACACUAAAGGAGGAGUUUCAAGCAAGCAGAAUCAAAGACAAAUGUUUAGAAAAUAUAAUAAGAACUCUUAGCACUGUAGUAGUUGGUGUGUUAAAAUCAAGGCCCUCAGUUCACCUUAUAGCAGCUGCACAAGCCAAAAAUAUUUAUGAAAUCCACAAAGGAUUAACAGGCCACUCUGAAUGUUUUCAUAAGGCACGAGAGAAAAUUGGUAAUAUGAUAGAGCUUAUUGAUACAAAAUCAUUAGGGAAAGUUUUAAAAAAAUAGUCCUUGAGUUACACCUAUUUUAGCCCCCGUGGUAGUUAUAAGCUAAAUUUUAUAUGAGCUGUAUGUUGUUUUUUUCAAAUAACCUGCUUCUCUUCCUGUCAUAUCUCUUUGCAGAAUCCAGAUUCCAAAAUGAUGCAAAUCAACCUGACUGGGUUUUUGAAUGGAAAAAAUGCUAGAGAGUUCAUGGGCGAACUGUGGCCACUGCUGCUAAGUGCACAAGAAAACAUUGCUGGUAUUCCCUCUGCUUUCCUGGAGCUGAAGAAAGAAGAAAUAAAACAAAGACAGAUUGAGCAAGAGAAGUUGGCUUCUAUGAAGAAGCAAGAUGAGGACAAGGACAAGGAUAAGGACAAAGACAAGAGGGACAAGGAAGACAAAGACAGCAGAGAAAAAAGGGAGAGAUCCAGAAGCCCAAGAAGACGCAAAUCAAGAUCUCCUUCUCCUAGAAGGAGAUCGUCCCCUGUCAGGAGAGAGAGAAAACGCAGCCAUUCUCGAUCCCCUCAUCACAGAACUAAGAGCCGUAGCAUCACCCCCGCACCAGAAAAGAAAGAGGAGACUCCAGAGCCAGAGCCUUCUGUAAAAGCAAAGGAAACUUUGAUUCAAGAGGCAACCUCAACUAGUGAUAUCCUAAAAGCUCCUAAACCUGAGCCUGUACCAGAUACUAAAGAAACUUCUCCAGAAAAAAGUUUAAAAAAAGAGAAGGAGAAAGAAAAAGAAAAAGAGAAGCCUCGUCAGAGAUCACCAUCUCGGUCCAAGUCAAGGUCAAGGUCAAGGUCUCGGUCCCCUUCUCAUUCUAGACCAAGACGGCGUCAUAGAUCAAGGUCAAGGUCUUACUCCCCUAGAAGGCGGCCAAGCCCAAGACGACGGCCCUCUCCCAGGAGAAGAAGCCCUCCAAGGCGAAUGCCUCCACCACCCAGACACAGAAGAAGCAGAUCCCCAGUGAGAAGGAGAAGAAGGUCAUCAGCAUCUUUAUCUGGAAGUAGUUCAUCUUCUUCCUCUUCGCGUUCGCGAUCACCACCAAAGAAACCACCAAAAAGAAUUGUAUCCAGUCCUCCUCGUAAGACGCGUAGACUCUCCCCUUCUGCAAGUCCUCCAAGGCGGAGGCACAGACCAUCCCCACCAGCGAGUCCACCACCAAAACCCCGUAGGUCUCCAACCCCACAACAGACGAAUCGUGCAAGAAAAGGCCGUGGCUCUGUUUCUCCAGGCAGAACAUCAGCACCUAAACAUAAGAAUCCUGAAAAAAGAGAGUCUCCAUCACCAGCACCAAAGCCUAGGAAAGUAGAAUUGUCUGAAUCAGAAGAAGAUAAAGGUGGUAAAAUGGCUGCUGCAGAUUCUGUGCAGCAGAGACGUCAGUACAGAAGGCAGAACCAGCAGUCUUCAUCUGGUACACCACUACUUUACUCUGGUUCAUCAUCUUCCUCUGAAGAGGAACGACCUAAAAGAUCAAAUGUAAAGAAUGGUGAAGUGGGUAGGCGCAGGCGACACUCGCAUUCACGGAGUCCGUCACCUUCUCCGCGAAAACGGCAAAAAGAGUCCUCCCCUCGGAUGCAGAUGGGAAAGAGGUGGCAAUCACCAGUGAUUAAAAGUAGGAGGAGGAGAAGUCCGUCACCGCCUCCAGCCAGAAGACGACGCUCACCUUCCCCAGCACCUCCACCAAGACGGCGCAGAUCACCAUCGUUACCUAGGCGAAGGUCUCCAUCGCCACCUCCACGCAGACGCUCACCUUCUCCCAGAAGAUACUCUCCUCCAAUACAACGACGAUACUCUCCUUCUCCUCCCCCGAAGAGAAGAACCACUUCUCCCCCUCCCCCGCCAAAGCGAAGAGCAUCACCUUCGCCACAGUCGAAACGCAGAGUCUCGCAUUCUCCUCCACCAAAACAAAGAAGUUCUCCAGCUGCAAAGAGACGUUCUCCAUCUCUAUCUUCCAAGCAUAGGAAGGGAUCUCCCCCCAGCAGGUCUAAUCGUGAAACCCGAUCCCCCUUACAAAACAAACGGCAUUCACCUUCACCACGGCCUAGAGCUUCUCAUACCUCGGCAAGUCCACCACCGCUGCGAAGGGGAGCUUCAGCUUCACCCCAGAGAAGGCAGUCUCCAUCUCCAAGCACUCGACCCAUCAGAAGAGUGUCAAGAACCCCAGAACCCAAGAAGACAAAGGCUUCCACACCAAGUCCGCAGUCAGCGAGAAGAGUGUCUUCAUCCAGGUCUGCAUCAGGAUCACCUGAGCCAGCACCUAAGAAACAUCAAGCUCCUCCAUCCCCAGCUCGGUCUCGGUCCCCUUCCACUAACUGGUCUCCACAACCUGUGAAAAAGGCUAAAAGCCCCACGCAGAGUCCAUCACCUGCAAGGAAUUCUGAUCAGGAAGGUGGGGGGAAGAAGAAGAAGAAAAAGAAGGAUAAGAAACACAAAAAGGAUAAAAAGCACAAGAAACACAAAAAACACAAGAAAGAGAAGGCUGCUGCAGCAGCGGCUGCUGCUGUAGUGGCAGCUACUACCACGUCACCACAGGAGGACAAAGAAGCAGAGACAGAACCUAAGAAGGAGACUGAAAGUGAAGCUGAAGAUAAUCUGGAUGAUCUAGAAAAGCAUCUGCGAGAGAAGGCACUGAGAUCAAUGAGGAAGGCACAAGUGUCACCACCGUCUUAGGCUGAAACCUUUGAUAUAUGUACAUUUUAUUUGGUUUGUACUCAGAAUUCAAUUUCAAAUUGCUAAAACGUGUUUGAGCUUUAGAAUAUAACAUUUGUUGUAAUUGCUAGGUUGAGGUUCACCAUGUAAAAGGGCAUGGAUUUACAUUACAAAAGGCGUCCACAGUGUACUAGUGACAUUCUUUCAUUGACAGCUGAUGUUAUUUCAUUUAGAGUAAGAAAUUUUCUUUAGAAGCAGUAAGAUUUUUUUUUUUUUUUUAGUAGGUUUUAAACAUUGUUGGCAACUCUGCAGUUUCUUUAAAAUGACCAAAACGUAUACAGUAUUUACAAAGUUCAUGUUUCGGAGUUUAUUGCAUCUACUUGCGUUAAACUACCAACCUUUGUGGGUUGUAGAUUUACCCAGAAGCAAAACCACUGAAUUAUCAAAGGUGUACAUACAGAUAUUUUAAUGCCAUAAUCUUUGUUCUUUAAUGUUGCCUGUAUAGCCUCCAUUAAAGUGAAUCAAGAAUAGAAAUUUAGAAUGGUACAUAAAUGAAAGCAUAUUGUUUGCCAGGACACUGUGGGUUUAUAUUGAUGUAACAAGUUGAUUUGGAACACUGGAAUUUCAUUUGUAUUCUUAUGUUCUUUUUUUAAAGGGCAAUUUCCAUGAUCAGCAGUCCCAGAAAAGUUCCUUCAGUUACAUAAAUUUUAUUUGUGAGAUGAUGUCGUUGCCCCAUUCAUAAUUCUUGUCUCGUUGCGGUUCUUCUGAAUGAUAUACUUUCAGAGCUGUGGUCUUUGAAAACCUGGAGAACCUGAACUUUGGAUAUUGUCAUGUUUUCACUGUUUUUCGUUUUUGUU